AGCCAGCAGUCACUAACUCUCUGAAAUGCUUCCCAAAUGUAACGUCCCUCCAAUUACACAUUUCUUUAAGGCUCACUUGUAGAUCUGCGCCCAGUUUGCGGGGAAACAGUCGGAUGGCUGCUCCUGGAGGCGCAUUCUCUGCAGCGCUUAGGCGGUCACAAGACUCGGCCGUCGGUGAGCAAAAACAUCGAGACGCUGACAGGUCAGCUAGAAGCUUACAGGCCCGCAGAUUCUCCUCUUUUCCGCAUCCAGCAUCCAACAAGUUGCUCCUUUUGGGAAACUUCGGUGCGCGCCGCGGUGCCAUCUCGUCUCUGUCGCGUUUUUUCAAUGGGAAUUUCACCGGGGCUCUUUUUUUAGACCUUAACCAGCUUCUCUGUGCGUAAAAGGCUCGUUUUAUUUGGAACUAAAUGGUGUUUAAAAAAAUAAAACCGGCCAUGUUUCGGUGCGUAAAGCGGUGGCGCACGACAGAGUGACCGAAUGCCAUUGGAGGAAAUUCCACCAAGAAUGUCAAUAUUGCUCUACCACCCACUCGAAAUCGAUUGUAUUACCUUCAGGAAGGUGGCUCCUCGUAUAAAUAGGAACGCAUUAUUUCAAGAAAGACGCUGGUGAAGCAAUCUGCGGGCUGCUCUCUCUCUCUCUCUCAUCGGACCGCAGACACAAGAAUUUACUGAAGACAACUGUGUCCACUGUGCAGGACAUAAGCAUCCUUAACUCCUAAACUAACGGUGAAGUCAUGCAGGUGGAGAGGAAAUGGCACAUACUGUUGGCUAUCUUCUUUCUGCUCGUCACCUCGGGUCAGUGUAUGGACAGCAAGGAGGUCAAGCAGAAAGAGAGACGGACGUUGUUGGAUCUAAUCUUGCAGGUGAUCAGAGACAGCCAGCAGCGGGACAAACCCGUCUCCAGGCGCUGCAGCAGUGGACUAUGCAGCUCAGCCCAAGAGAUGAAGUUCUCCUCCCGCGAAAAGCCUUUCUAUGGCCCUGGGCUGGAUAACAGUAGACUCAUAGAAAUUGUCCCUAGAGACGCAAACAUGAAAGAGAAAUUCAUUCAGCAUUUCGGAGCAGGACAAGUCAAGUUCUCGUCGGAGUGCAAAACACACUUUCACAGACUUUAUCACAACACAAGGGACUGCUCCAGACCGGCAUAUUACAAAAGAUGUGCGAGGUUGCUAACCCGCCUAGCCAUGAGUCCGCUCUGCAUGCAGGCCUAGACGCUGCCUGGCGUUCCGUUUUUGUGCUGCGUUUGCACCCCUCGGCCACCGUACAGAAUCCUGCUGCUGGAACAGAACAUCCAUGUGAAAGUAGAAAACAUCUCGUGUGCCGUCUGGAAACCAUGGAGAGGUUUUAAAACAUAAUUAAUGAUCAGCUGUCUAGUGCUGUUUAAUACCAACAUCGACAGAUAUGAGGGUUUUUUUUUUUUAAGGGCCGAUACCGAUUAUUGGUCAUCAAUAAAAGCUGACAACUGAUAUUUGGAGCCAAUAUACAUUCAAUGUAAAGUUUUUAACAGCAUAUGAUAGAAGAGAAGCUGUCAUUCAUUAAUCAGGGCGACUAUAACUGAAUAUGUAAAAUAGAAAAAGAAGGGAUUAAAUUUGUCUGUUUAUGUGGAUCGACUGACAAUCAUCAGUUUUUCUUCUGCUGUUCUUCAUUUUCUUAAUAUUUCACCGUUUCAUCAUUUUUAUUUCCCACUAAGGUCCAGAUCUUAAAGCUUUAUUAUUUAAUUGUUUUCCAGAUUCUGUUUCAGGUUAAUCUGCCUUCUAACUUAGCCGCUAGCCGUUAGCAUAGCCUUAGCCGCUAGCCGUUAGCAUAGCCUUAGCCACUGUGAGACAAGUGUGGCAAGGCUACAAGGGUUAGAUGUAUGUUUGUUAUUUACCACGUGUCUGACAACGCCACCUGGGGGAGUUUCACCCCCAGGAGAUCUAUUUAAGGAGGACCACCACUCCAAUACAGAUAAAAGAAAGGUCACACAGGUACAAGAGACACCGGAGACUGAUGCAAUUCCAAGUAUAGAAAAAUGAAAUUUA